AUGGAACCUCUUUCGGGUGCAGCAAGUGUUAUCGCAGUUAUCCAGUUAACCGGAGCUAUCGUGCAAAUAUGUGGGAAAUAUCUCAACAACGUCAAGAACGCGACGCAGGAUAUUCAGCGCUUCCAAGAGAAGAUCACCGCCCUUGCCCAAGUGCUUCAAUCUCUCGAUGGGCUGAUCCGUGGAUCUGAUGGCAAUGAACUUACUGCUACGCAAGACCUGGUCGACAAUAUUGUCAAAUGCUCCUCAGCACUUACAUAUUUAAAAGAGAAAAUUAAUCCGGAAACGACGCAAAGACGGAUGAGGAAAUGGGGCCUUCGAGCCUUGAAAUGGCCGCUCGCACGGUCGGAGGUAGAUUCUGCUAUCAUGGAGCUUGAGUGGUAUAAAACAACGUUUGCUUUGUCCUUGCAGGUUGAUCAAACGAGAUCUACCAAUUCGAUCCACAAAAAGAUAGACCUCAGCAGACUACAGACUGCAAAACAAGCAGCAUUCGACUCUUACGACAAUCAACACAGUGAAUGUCUUCCAGGGACCCGAAUUGACCUGCUUCGAGAAAUCGACGAGUGGGCAAAAUCGCCACACGGAAAAUGUAUAUUUUGGUUGAGCGGCAUGGCAGGGACAGGGAAAUCAACAAUAUCCCAAACAGUUGCAAGCCGUCUUCAAGCGCAGCAGCUUCUCGGGGCGAGCUUUUUCUUUCGGAGAGGCGAAGAGGACAGAGAAACAGCAAAAAAGCUUUUUCCAACAUUGACCGAGCAACUGGUCAUCGGCAUACCUCAAAUGCUGCCUCGAGUUCAGAGGGCAAUUGAGGAUGACCCGAAUAUUUCGGAAAAGGUGUUGAGGGAACAAUUUGAACGGCUUCUACUGGAUUCACUAUCUGGAAUUGAGCAGCGAGAAGAGACCACAAGAAGAGUGAUCGUGAUUGAUGCUCUAGAUGAAUGCGAUUCAGAAGACGACAUAGGGAUUAUUCUCCGGCUCUUGCCACGAGUUCAAAAGUCAACUUCCGUACAAGUACGGUUUUUAUUGACAAGCAGACCUGAGUUGCCGAUCAGGCUGGGCUUCGAAGGGAUCACCGAUGCCCAUCAGGAUUUGGUCCUACAUGAGAUCGAAGAGCCAGUGAUAGCGCAUGACAUAUCCUUGUAUUUUGAGGAUCAGUUCCUGCGCCUAAAGCAGAGGCGCUCAUUGCCACCAGAUUGGCCCGGAGUCCCAGCUACCAAGAUAUUGGUUGAUAGGGCCGUCCCUUUGUUCAUUGCAGCUGCUACCGUAUGUCGUUUUAUCGGUGAUGCAAAAUGGAACCCUCAAAAGCGACUGGAAGCGAUAUUGACAGACCAAUCAACCUAUGUGUCCAAGAUGGACAGCACAUAUAUUCCCGUGCUAAAGCAACUUCUCACUGGACAGAAUGAAACAGAGUCACGGGAAUUACUUAAAGAGUUCAAGGAGGUAGUUGGGGUGAUCAUUAUUCUUGCCACUCCGCUCUCGAUCAACUCCCUAAGCCACCUAAUAGACAGAGAGUCAGUUGAUGUCAAAUGCCGAUUAGACCAGCUCCACUCGGUGCUCAGUGUACCAAACAAUUUCGACACACCAGUCAGGCUCCUCCAUCUGUCAUUCCGAGAUUUUCUUUUGGAUCACCACAAAGACAAAAGCAAAUUCUGGAUCGAUGGAAACUAUACAAACCAGUGUCUUGCAGAACGAUGCCGUCAGAUCAUGCAGGACAGCCUGGAGAAAAACAUCUGCAAACUGCCAAGCGAAGGCACGCAAAGGAAUGAAAUUAGCGAUGACUCGAUUCAGCUUUAUAUACCUCCCCCACUGAAAUACGCGUGUCGAUACUGGGCGCAUCAUCUGUUACAAUGCACGGACUUGUCUGGCAUGAUGCACAAUGCUUAUUUAUUUCUCCAGGUACACUUUUUGCACUGGGUGGAAGCAAUGAGUCUACUGGGCCUUACGUCAGAAGUAUCAGGUAUUCUUGAUCGCCUCCAAACGUCCACAUCGGGUAACGACUCUUCCCUGAUUUCGGAUUUCCUUCACGAUGCAAAGCGCUUUAUUCUGAAAAAUCACCAGAUAGUUGAUCAGGCCCCCCUUCAAGUUUAUUGUGCAGGACUUAUAUUUGCACCCCGAACGGGGAUAAUCCGUAGAGAGUUCAAGCGGUCGCUUCCUACUUGGAUAGAUCAGUUACCACAAGUUGAGGAAGGAUGGAGCGCGCUCAUCCAGACCCUCGAAGGCCAUUCCGGUUCGGUUCGAUCGGUGGCCUUCUCGCCCGACGGCCGCCUGCUGGCGUCCGGCUCUUACGAUCAGACAGUGCGGCUCUGGGACCCGGCGACGGGCGCGCUCACCCAGACCCUCAAAGGCCAUUCCGAUUGGGUUCGAUCGGUGGCCUUCUCGCCCGACGGCCGCCUGCUGGCGUCCGGCUCUGACGAUCAGACAGUGCGGCCCUGGGACCCGGCGACGGGCGCGCUCACCCAGACCCUCGAAGGCCAUUCCGGUUCGGUUCGAUCGGUGGCCUUCUCGCCCGACGGCCGCCUGCUGGCGUCCGGCUCUUACGAUCAGACAGUGCGGCUCUGGAACGCGGCGACGGGCGCGCUCACCCAGACCCUCGAAGGCCAUUCCAGUUCGGUUCGAUCGGUGGCCUUCUCGCCCGACGGCCGCCUGCUGGCGUCCGGCUCGGACGAUCAGACAGUGCGGCUCUGGGACCCUGCGACGGGCGCGCUCACCCAGACCUUCGAAGUUAAAGGGGUAGUCACGACGCUCGAAUUUUCCCAUAGCGGUUUAUAUCUCCACACCGACGUAGGCGCCCUUUACAUCCAAUCUAGCAUUGAAUGGUAG